CUCACUCACUCCCUCCUUCCCAUCCAGCACCCAGACGCUCACUCACUCCCUCCCUCCUUCCCAUCCAGCACUCAGACACUCACUCCCUCCCUCCUUCCCAUCCAGCACCCAGACACUCACUCACUCCCUCCUUCCCAUCCAGCACCCAGACGCUCACUCACUCCCUCCUUCCCAUCCAGCACCCAGACGCUCACUCACUCCCUCCUGCCCAUCCAGCACCCAGACACUCACUCACUCCCUCCUUCCCAUCCAGCACCCAGACACUCACUGUCUCCCUCUCAGCUCCCCCAGCUCAACCCCCAUCAUGGCUGCAUCCACCAUGUCCGUCUGCUCCAGCGACCUGAGCUACAGCAGCCACGUCUGCCUUCCUGGUUCCUGUGACUCUUACUCCGACUCCUGGCAGGUGGACGACUGCCCAGAGAGCUGCUGCGAGCCCCCCUGCUGCGCCCCCAGCUGCUGCGCCCCGGCCCCCUGCCUGACCCUGGUCUGCACCCCAGUGAGCUGUGUGUCCAGCCCCUGCUGCCAGGCGGCCUGUGAGCCCAGCCCCUGCCAAUCAGGCUGCACCAGCUCCUGCACACCCUCAUGCUGCCAGCAGUCUAGCUGCCAGCCGGCUUGCUGCACCUCCUCCCCCUGCCAGCAGGCCUGCUGCGUGCCCGUCUGCUGCAAGACUGUCUGCUGCAAGCCUGUGUGCUAUAUGCCCGUCUGCUGUGGGCCUUCUUCUUCAUGCUACCAGCAGUCUAGCUGCCAGCCAGCUUGCUGCAUCUCCUCCCCGUGUCAACAGUCCUGCUGUGUGCCCGUCUGCUGCAAGCCCAUCUGCUGUGUGCCUGUCUGCUCUGGGGCUUCCUCUCUGUGCUGCCAGCAGUCUAGCUGCCAGCCAGCUUGCUGCACCACCUCCUGCUGCAGACCCUCCUCCUCCGUGUCCCUCCUCUGCCGCCCUGUGUGCAGACCUGCCCGCCGCGUGCCAGUCCCCUCCUGCUGUGUCCCCACCUCCUCCUGCCCGCCAAGCUGCGGCCGCCUGGCCUCCUGCGGAUCCCUCCUCUGCCGCCCCACAUGUUCCCGCCUGGCCUGCUGAGGCCUCUGCUCAGGCCAGAAGUCCAGCUGCUGCCAGGCAUGUCCCCCAGGGCCACUGGGCACUAUGAGUCCCCCACCUCUCCCACUACUGGCUCCUCGGCUGCUCUGGUGUCUGUCUCUUCCUUGGAGAUGCGUGCACAGCCUCUCUUCCCCUAAGCCCUGGGGGCUCCUGCUAAGCUCCAGAUGACCCUGCCUCCACCCACUCCCCCGGCUCUUCCAGACCACUUCCCACAUUCCAGG